ACGGUGCCUUUGUCGCGUCGUCCCGAGAUUAGAAAAUUUUUCUCAACUCCCCGAGAAGAAUUCAAUAGUUUGUGGCCAUUGAGGUGAAUUUUCGCGAAACUAUUCAUGAAAUUCUUGUAAUUAAUCAGCUCGCGGUGCAGUGAAUAUUAUUUCGGUGAUGGUUUGGUUCUAGUGACAACAGAAGUUGAUGCAUUGUGCGCUUCCUAUUGGAGUAAGUGAGUGAGAGGUGAUUCCGUGGCGGAAUUCUUGUUCAGGGGCUAUGAAAAUUUCCGAUGGGUUCUUGUGUAUGUUGACCCAAGUUGCGCGAUAAAGAUGGUGGGAACGGAAAUUCCUUAGGGCGAGAUUCUUACAGAAGAAAAAAAAAAUAUGUUGAGUGUAAUAACACGUUACCUGUCACCGCCAGAGUAGCUGACCGGGCUCAUUUCUAGCGGAAAGACUCGGCAUCUUUUUCAAAUCUACUUUCUCGCUGGGAUGGAUUUCGUGCUUCACAGUUGAAUUCGGUUGUGUAAUAGAAGGCUCAGAAACUGGGCAAAAAGCGGCCAAAUUCCAUGUUCACAUCCACGAUCCGCGCACCGCGAGUUAAUGACAUUCUGUGGCCAUUUGGAACUCACAUGAAGGCAGGUGUCUCUUUUUAGUCGCGCCGAUUUGUGUUUUUUUUCGGUUUCUUGGAGUGUUUUGCUACCUUUUUGGUGUUACGAUUCCAUUGCAAUUGUGGUUGGUAAUUUAGUCGCUGAAUGAUCGUAGCUGGUUGUUCGUUUGGUGUGACUUAGAAGGUCCCAUGACCAUAACUCAUCAAGCAGAUAUGCCUUGUUUUGGUGGAUAUUUGAUGGUGGCCAGUGCAGAAUGGUAACUGGAGUGUUGAAAAGUGGGAUUAUGUGAUUUUGACUGCACUCGUUGUAAGGAAAUAAAAGGUACUUGUCUGCGCUUCCAUCAACCAACAGAAAAUUGCACAGCAUCAACCACCGACUCUAAGCACUCAGCAUUGGACCAAGUUACUCGCUUAAAUCUUUCGUUUUGCUGACCAAAGAACGCAGUCCAAGAGUGCGAUCUUAAGUGCGAUCGAGCCGUAUCCGAAUGCAAUGCGCGCGCGAAACGUGGUGAAUUUUAUUUGUGUCAAAAUGGCAAAGUGUGGAGAAAAUCCAUAACCAGUUCUGUGUGAGUGUGGAAUAGUGAAUUUCAUUAUAGUUUUGUUGUUAUGUUUUCAAAUUUGAAAAGAUUACAAGCAUUUCUCUCUCAAAGUUGUGAAAUUUUUAUGCGAAAGAAAGCUCCUGAAAAAUAAUCGGCUAUUCAUCUUGUCGUUGGGAUGCUGUUUGUAAAUCAUGAGGAGGUGAUCCAUGCCGUGCAGACUUGAACCCUACAUACGUGCAAUGCGUACUACAUUGAAGAAUUUUAAUUAUGAUUAUUCCAGUAAUUACUGCCACGAGAAAGAUAAAUUCUAAGAUCAAGUGACUCCAUGAUGUCGCAAAGAGAUUUUUCAGAGAAUGAACCGGAAGGCACUCCCGACCUACCUGCCGCCAAUCGUGCCCUAUUUUUGGAGAAGGUUCGCCAGUCGAAUGCAGCAUGCCAAAGUGGCGAUUUCGCAACCGCCGUAGGCCUUUACACAGACGCACUAGCACUAGAUCCUGGAAACUACAUCUUAUAUAGCAACCGAUCGGCAGCCAGGCUUAAACAAGGUCAGUUUGCUCUGGCUCUACAAGAUGCAACUAAGGCGCGCGAAUUGUGUCCGCAAUGGCCAAAAGCCUACUUCCGCCAAGGAGUCGCAUUACAAUGUCUCGGACGAUAUGGCGAAGCACUGGCAUCGUUCAGUGCUGGUCUGGCCCAAGAUCCGAAUAAUAAGCAGCUUCUGGCAGGACUAUUUGAAGCUUCGAUCAAGAGCCCAUUGCGACUAGCAUUGGAGCCAACUUUUCAGCAACUGCGGACUAUGAAGCUCGACCAGUCUCCUUUUGUAGUUAUCUCUGUAAUUGGACAGGAAUUGCUGCAAGCAGGGCAGUACCACUCAGCAGUAACGGUCCUGGAAGCCGCCCUACGUAUUGGAUCAUGCUCUCUGAAACUACGAGGAUCAGUAUUUAGUGCCUUAAGUUCAGCCCACUGGGCUUUAAACCAACUAGAUAAGGCUAUAGGGUACAUGCAACAGGAUCUGGCAGUCGCUAAAAGUCUUGGUGACACCGCUGGAGAAUGUCGGGCUCACGGCAAUCUAGGAAGCGCUUACUUCAGUCAGGGAUCCUACAAAGAAGCUCUAACAGCGCAUCGAUAUCAGCUGGUGCUUGCGAUGAAGUGCAAAGAUACUCAAGCUGCAGCAGCAGCACUUACAUCACUAGGUCACGUUUACACCGCAAUAGGAGACUACCCUAACGCCCUUGCCAGUCAUAAGCAAUGCGUGCAAUUAGUCAAACAAAUGGGAGAUCGACUCCAAGAGGCUAGGGAGAUUGGCAACGUAGGUGCAGUCUACUUAGCAAUGGGAGAGUUUGACUCCGCCGUCGAUUGUCAUACUCAACACUUAAGAUUAGCGCGGAAACUAAACAACCAAGUCGAGGAAGCCAGAGCCUACAGCAACUUAGGAUCCAGCCAUCAUUAUCGUAGGAAUUUUUCCCAAGCUAUAACGUUCCAUGAGCAGGUGCUUCGUAUCGCUCAACAGUUGGGUGACAGAAAUAUUGAAGCUCGGGCUUAUGCAGGCUUGGGACAUGCAGCUCGAUGUGGAGGAGAUUUCGCCCAAGCCAAACGGUGGCACGAAAAACAACUGGAAAUGGCUUUGGCAGCACGUGAUAAAGUGGGGGAAGGAAGAGCGUGUUCGAAUCUUGGAAUAGUCUACCAACUUCUUGGUGAACACGAUGCAGCUCUAAAACUACAUCAAGCUCAUUUGACGAUAGCACGACAACUGCAGGACCGAGCUGGGAUGGGAAGAGCCUAUGGAAAUAUUGGGAAUGCAUAUUCUGCUGCAGGACUCUACGAAGCUGCUAUAAAAUACCAUAAACAAGAACUAACGAUUAGUAAGGAAGUCCAUGACCGAAGUGCAGAAGCUUCGACGCAUGGAAACCUCGCUGUUGCUUAUCAAGCAUUAGGGGCACAUGAUAUGGCUUUGAUGCACUACCGAGCUCAUCUUAGUAUAGCUAGAGAACUGAAAGAUACUGCUGGAGAGGCCUGCGCAUUGUUGAACCUUGGAAACUGCCUCAGCUCCCGCCAAGAAUUCGCUCAAGCAGUUCCCUACUACGAGCAAUAUCUAAUGCUCUCUCAAGAACUCGGUGAUGUUGCCGCGGAAGGGAAGGCAUGCCACUUCUUAGGUUACGCCCAUUAUUGCAUAGGCAACUACAGAGAAGCGGUUCGGUAUUAUGACCAGGAUUUAGCGUUAGCCAAAGAUCUACAAGACAAAAUGAAUAUGGGACGCGCUUACUGCAAUCUAGGCCUCGCACACUUGGCACUAGGUAACAGUCAAGCAGCCCUGGAGUGCCAAAAAUAUUUCUUAGCCGUUGCCCAUAUGACAAAUCAUCUACCUGGAAAAUUUCGAGCUCUAGGCAACAUUGGAGAUAUACUGAUCCGAACAGGAGAAAUAGAAGAAGCUGCAAAAAUGUAUCAAAGACAGUUGGCGUUAGCGAGACAGGCUCGCGAACGUCCUAUGGAGGCCGCUGCUUGCGGAGCUCUUGGUCUGGCGCACAGACUUAUUAAAAAGUUUGACAAAGCUCUUGGGUAUCAUACGCAGGAGCUUACACUGAGGCAGGAAAUGGGUGAUCUUCAUGGUGAAUGUCGGGCUCAUGGUCAUUUGGGAGCAGUACAUAUGGCGCUAGGAAAUUAUACACAUGCUGUAAAGUGCUAUCAGGAGCAAUUGGAACGAGCACAGGAUCUUCAGGAUUCAGGGAUUGAAGCUCAAGCGUUUGGAAAUUUGGGAAUUGCGAAGUUGAAUAUGGGGCAUUAUGAGGAUGCAAUUGGAUAUUUGGAACAGCAGCUGGGUACCUUAGAACAAGUAACCACGCCGACAGCGCAGCAUGAUCGUGCCAGGGCUUUAGGCCACUUAGGAGAUUGCUACGACGCUCUGGGUGAUUUCGAGGAAGGUAUCAAAUGUCAUGAGAGACAUCUGCAACUUGCUUCAGCGCUGCAGAGCUACAGGGAUCAGGAACGAGCCUAUCGAGGUCUAGGUCACAGUCAUCGAGCUCUCGGCAAUCUACAAGAAGCACUUGUGUGCCUUGAAAAACGUUUAGUGGUAGCACAUGAGUUGGGUAGUCCUGAAGCAAAAGCAGCUGCCUACGGUGAUCUGGGAAGCAUUCAUAGCGCUCUAGGCAAUCACGAACAAGCCGUCAAUUGUCUGGAACAUCAACGUGAAAUCGCCAAUGAACUUGGGGAUCGUGUUACAACUUCAGAUGCAACCAGUGCAUUGGGAAACGUUUACCAACAGAUGGGUGACCUAGAAUCUGCCCUCAAACUACAUAAGAUGGACUUGGAACUUUGUGAAAGUAUUGGAAUGUUAUCCUUACAAGCAAGAGCUUGUGGAAAUUUAGGGUCGGUGCAUGAGUCGCUGAAGAAUUAUUUGGAAGCGGUCAAGUUCUUCGAGAAGCAGUUGUCUCUCAGUGCGGAUAGAUUGACUAAGGCACAUGCCUGCGGAGCAUUAGGACGAGUGUUUCAUCAAAUGAAUCAGACCGCGCAGUCAAUCAACUUCCUGAGACAGGGGCUGGCAAUCGCACAGUCUCUCAAUAAAUCAGAAGAGGAGGCGAAAAUAAGACAUCAACUAGGUCUUGCUUUACGUGCAUCUGGCGACAAUGAAAACGCUCGAACUCAAAUGGAAACCUCUGCGCAAAUACUAGAAUCUGUUCGAUUUGAUCAGCGUUCCCCCGAGGCUCGAACAGCACUCUUUGACCUUCAAACGGCUUGUUACCACUCUCUCCAACAAAUUCUGGUAACAAUGGGACGCAAUGAAGAAGCCCUAGUGGCGGCUGAACGCUGCAAAGCAAGGACUAGCCCCGAUACGAACAGUAUUUCACGAAAGACCAUGGUUACAUGCAGUGAAACAAUAUUCGAUACCGUAAACAAGGCUAAGACUAACGUGAUAUACUUCAGCUUAGCAGGAGAUGAAUUGUACGCGUGGUUCCUGCAGCCUCAAAAAAGGAUAGUACGGUUUCAUACCGUCAAAAUCAGUGAAAUGAACAUCAAGAUUACGCAGGAGAAAUCAAAGCGGCCGAUCAAGGAUAAUGCAAGUUUGUUGGAACAGUAUAUCAAUAUGGUUCGAGACAGUCUAGGCGUGAACUCAGACAGCGUGUUGCAUGAAGGAGACGGAAGUGGAUGGAGGUCUUCGUCAGAGAACCUUCUAGAUGAUUUCUCCAACGAACGGGCCGGAUUUUUGAGGAUGGUCAACAGGAACCAUCUGCUUAACUCCAGCAAUUAUUCGCUGAGUUCCCUGUUCAGUUUGGGAAGUGUAGGAGGAUCGGUUGCGAGCCUGCAAGGAUCAACUCGGUCAAUCGGAAGUCUUCAAGGUUCUACAAGAUCCCGGCGUAACCAAGUCGUAAUACCUUGGCAAGGUCCAGCGUGCCUUCACACCUUAUACAAUCUCCUUCUACAACCAUUUGAUGAUCUACUUCCAUCCGGGGGUACUGCAUCCAGAGUUGGACGCAAGGAAUUGAUCCUUGUUUUAGAAAAUGAACUCUACUUAGUACCGUUUGCCGUAUUACGCAGUGGUCAAGACGAUGGAGAAUAUCUAUCAGAAAGAUGCUCCAUAUUAACAGUCCCAUCCUUACAAUCCUUGCGACUGAAGAGCAAAAUUAUAAAGAGCCGGGAGCAAGCUGAAAUCCUGAACAGUGCAUUAGUAGUUGGAGGUCCACGAAUACCAUCAUCUUUAUCCGAGACAUGGGGAUGGUCAGAGUCACCUGCAUCACUACAGGAAGCCGCUAUGGUGGCAGAUAUGCUCCAUGCAAAAGCACUAAUCGCAUCCAAUGCAACAAAGGAAGCUGUCAUGUCAGAACUUCCUACGGCUGAAUGCGUCCACUUCGCAGCAAAUCUCAGUUGGAAACUGGGAGCUGUGGUUCUAAGUCCUGGAGAUGUUCUCGAGUCACAAUCACAGAAGAGGUUCUACCCAAGCGCAUCUGGAGAAGUUGACAACGAGGAAGAAGGGAACGAUCUGUCUUCCGGAAACAUAGAAAUCCCACCAUUAUCUGAUUUCAUUUUGAGUGCUGCCGAUGUCCUUAACAUGAAACUAAAUGCCAAACUGGUAGUUCUAAGCUCCUAUCAUUCAAUUGAACCGAUAAGUGGUGCUGGAGUCGCAAACUUGGCUGGAAGUUGGUUGUGUGCUGGAGCAGGAGCUGUUCUCAUCUCACUGUGGCCUGUGCCUGAAACCGCUGCUAAAAUUUUAUUGCGAGCAUUCUACUCAGCAUUGUUGCAAGGAUCGAGGGCUGCAAAAGCCCUAGCCGAAGCCAUGCAAACUGUUCAGCAUACUAAGCACUUCGCUCACCCAGCAAACUGGGCAGGCUUCCUUCUAAUCGGGGGUAAUGUCCGCCUCUCCAAUAAAGUAGCAUUGAUGGGUCAAGCCCUGUGCGAACUAAUGAAGACACCAGAUAAGUGUCGUGAUGCUCUACGCGUGUGUCUUCACCUAGUUGAAAAGAGCCUGCAACGAAUUCAUCGGGGUCAAAAGAACGCUAUGUAUACAACUCAGAAAAGCAUCGACAACAAGGCAGGCUCCGUAAUGGGUUGGAAGGAUCUCCUGAUGGCAGUCGGAUUCCGCUUUGAACCAGCUGCCAAUGGAAUCCCAUCGAGUGUUUUCUUCCCGCAAUCAGAUCCUGAAGAUCGUCUGUCCCAAUGUUCAGCAAGCUUGCAAGCUCUACUUGCACUGACUCCAACAACCUUACAGGCUCUAUCGAAGCUUGUUAAUAAUUCAGAUAUUGCGGAUGAUAUUAUUGGUGUCAUACGGAAUGUUUUGGCACAAUAUCCGCCAAAGGGUAGCCCCGAAAUUGAAAAUAGUAUUGAGAUUCCUCUCAGUGUUCGCUUGUGGAGGGUGUCUGGUUGCCACGAAUUGCUCGCAUCACUUGGCUUCGACUUAAUGGAAGUUGGACAGGAUCAAGUAACAUUGAGAACAGGAAAACAGGCAAAUCGAAGGAAUUGCCAAUUCGUUUUACAAGCGCUACUUGCAUUGUUUGACACUCAAGAAGCCCCCAAAAGUCUAGGUUUAGAUUCAAGUAGCAGUUCCGAAUCACUCAACGAAGAUGUUCGGUCUGAAAUCCCACAAACCUCUUCGAGCCCAGUGCAAGGAAUCCCACCUCAACGAAGUAUAUCACCGGCUGCCACUGUCAAAUCUCUCAAUUUGAAUAUGCCUUGCCCCCCGUUGCCGAUGCAUCGACCUCCGAUCCUAAGCAGUGGUAGCGCAUUCAUUUCAUACGUUCGUAGUCGAGGCGAGCCAGAUGGUGGACGCAAUGAUGUUGAUAUAGCACCAAAAGUUCAACCGAAUCCACCAAAUAUGUAUCAAACCAAUCAUGAUUCCAGUUUGGCCAAUACGACGGACAGCGAACUUUCCGAUGGAUAUACUUCACAAACGCUGUGCAAACCCGUCGGACCAAAACUUGGUUAUGCCAGUUUAAGAGGACCAGUCCGGGUAUCACGACCUGGAGGUGGAGGUGAAAGUGACGCUGCCUUUACUCCGAGUCCACCAGUAACUGCACAAGGCCUUGUCGAACCAAAUGUUACUCUUGCAUUAGCACAUCAGACCCGAAUAAGGAAUCUGUACUCCAGUUCAUCAAUGAACUUUUUGGGAGACAGUGUUAUACCUGAAUUAACCGUGCCACCGAAUAUGUCACGUCGACCUGAUAGUUCCAGUUCCGCGAGUUCCACAACCGAUUGGGAAGGAUCCGGUCAUGCUACAGUAUUACGACGAACCAAUCAAUCGCAACCAUUGCCACCCCUCCCACCGCCACGUCAAAAUUUGCCAUUAGUUGAUAGUUUACGACCACUAGCCCCAUUGGCUCCUGUAUACAAUAAUCUAGGAAACCUCACAAUGCCUGGAGGAUCAAAAACUGGACUGACGAAUCCUAUGGAGUCUACCAGUUCAGAUUCAGAAUUUGAAAGAGGUUUAGAUGUAGCUCCUCCAACAUUAUCUAAUCUAAGAAUUAAGUCUAAGGUAAAGCUAGGCUUACAUCAACCUGCAAAACGCGUAUCAGACCAAAUUGGUUUCAUGGAUCGAUUAAGUGUAAGAACGGAGGUUUCCGGAGCAAGUAGUACAAAUACGGUAAAUACCCUCAGCAGGAAACCACUUACAUUGCCAGAGGAUGAAAAUGCACUGGUUUUCAAUUCCUCCAACCUUUACUUCUCGCCGUCCGAUAAUGAAAUCGAGCCAAAGAAAGACCUGGGCCAGGCCAAACAACUUCCAUCGAGUUCCUCCACUGCCAGCAAAGAGGUCAUCAAAACAGCGGGCAGUAAAAACAUCCAAGACUCCAUUAUACGCCACAUGAACCGCGAAAUGACCCCCACAAUUUCGGAAGUAUAUCACGAAAGAAAUCUUGGACUAGGACUAGCUCCUCCCUUAUCCAAGUUACUUCUGAGCAAAAACUAUGAAGAGUCGGAAAACAAACUCUCAGCAACUGGAUGUGCAAUAAAGAGCAUUGUCGAAGCAGUGAGUGAAAUGGAUUUUAACUCCCAACCAGGAGUCAGUACCCAAUCUCAAGCAACACCCGAGAAAUGUUCAGUUUGCGGUGAGCCAGCUGACAUUAUUUGUCGUUGUAAAGCGGCCACCGCCCCCAAGAAAUCCUCUUCCAAACCUUGGCUCAGCAAUAUUCCGUCCAAUAUUGUGAAAGCCAGUGACCUAACCACUGCCGAUAUACUCGAAAGGCAGCAUAAAAUGAAAACUGGUGCUCCAGAUGGGACUUUAGUUGGGACCGUGAAACGCAGUAAUAGUCCUUUUUCGGACCUGUCAAGACGUGACGAAGGUGAUGGACGAUCUGUUGCAGACUCUCAAUGUAGCGGAAGUUAUAAGGCUGAUAUUAAUAAUUCAUCGACAUCGAGCAAUCAAUUACAAACGAAUAGAAGUAAAUUUGGUACUUGAAUUUAGCUGUGCAUAGCGUUGUUAGGUUGACCCUGACUAGGUAGUAUAAGAACUAUUUAAUAGUUAGCGACGUUCGGCUAAUAGAUGUUGAACUUGUUGUAUUCCCAAAUUAUUUUUUUAGUAGUUAUUCUAUAUUCAGACCAUCGUAUUCCAUUUGCAUAGUAAACCGAACUUGUAAAUAUUAUUUUACUUAAUAAUCACAGUCAUGCUAAUUCUAUGUUUUUAUACCCGAUAUGGAUCAAACAUAAUUCAAAUAAACAGAAAUAAUCUCAAUAGAA